AUGAGUUGGAAGUCGUCGUACCAUGAAUUCCUUUCCACCGACGGACUUGUAGAUGCCAAAGCGGCGUAUUCGAGGAAGAGGAAGUGCAACCACGACCCGACUGAAAAUCAAAGUGAAACUGCAGGGCCGCCGGAGCCCGAUUCUGACGGACACCAUUCUCCUCCUUUGAAGCAAAUGGAACAAAGUCCGUCGGCAAACCUUAGUGCCGAAGCGAAGUUGAGCUUUCCCCAAUUCCAGAAGUCGAGCCCGUCGGCAAACCCUCAGGAAGAAGACGACGCAGGGAGGACGACUUCGAACCCUAGUUCUUCCUACCAUGACCGUGGAGCUACGCCGUUCAAUUUUUCAAAAAUCGAUGAGGAUUUUGAGAGGAGGACUAAGCUACAACACGAACAUUCGCUUCCACUGCCUCAGAAACCGACCGUCCGCUUCCGCUUCCAAUUCGUCCAACUCGAAAUCGCAAAGUGGUCCCGUUUACAACUAGGAAGAAGCGUAAUUGAGAUGAAGAACAACCAACUUGUACGUUGUGCCACCAACUCGACCCCAAUAGGGCAACUUGCACAAGUGCGAUUGCGGACAUGUAUAAGGAUCCAGCCACCUCGGAAGUUGAUGCCUCAACAUCUGUUCAGUUGUAGCCAAAAGUCUUACGAGACAGAUGUUACGGGCAGUGCAUCAGUUGAUAUGCAACAUGAGGAAGCUUUGCCUAAAAUUUCUGAGAACACUGUCUCUCAUGAACCAAUGGAAAUAGAAACUGAAAGUGCAUUAAAAUAUAAGGAAGACAAUGUUUCUACAAAUGCAAGCCCAGAUAAAGGAACGUGUAUUCAGUGUCACACUUUGAUCUGUCAUAGGUCAAUUAGUUUCAGAAGAUAUUUUUUUCACUUAAAUUUUUCCAGGGAUGCUGAUCAAAUUUGUCUAAAUGUAAGCCAAUUCAAUUCAAAUAAUGUUUCCCAACGUGAUUAUCUUCGAACUGAAGGUGAUCCUGGUGCUGGUGGUUACACAAUAAAAGAAGCAUUAGCAUUAGCUAGAAGUGUGGUUCCAGGCCAACGGACACUUGCUUUAAGUGUAAUUGCAGCUAUUCUUAAUCGGGCAAUUUCUAAAAUCAUUCAGAAUCAAGUUGAUUCUGUUUCUAAUAUUGCUGAUUCUGUGGAGCCUGCUGACUGGGUUGCUAUUUGGGCUUAUGCUCUGGGUCCGGAACCUGAGCUUGCUUUAUUACUGAGAAUAUCUUUUGAUGACAACCACAAUAGCGUUGUCCUCAAUUGUGCCAAGGCCAUUCUUAGUGCAUUGAAUUAUGAUACAAACAAGAUUUUAUUUGACAUGUUGGAGCGGACACCAACGUAUUCGAAGGAUGUUUCUACUGCUCCUGUAUUCAGAAGUAAACCAGAUGUUAAUGUUGGUUUUCUUCGUGGUGGCUUUUGGAAGUAUAAUACUAAGCCUUCCAAUAUUCUUCGUUGUGGUGAGGAGAUGAUGGAUGACGAAGCUGAAGGUGAGGGCGAGCACACUAUUCAGGAUGAUGUAGUUGUUGCAGGGCAGGAUUUUGCUGCUGGUCUUGUUAGAAUGGGGACUCUUGAAAGGAUCUGCUAUCUCUUACAGACAGACCCUGCUGCACCAUUAGAAGAAUGCUUAAUAUCAAUAUUGAUAGCUUUAGCAAGGCAUUCUCCAACUUGUGCUGCUACAGUUUUGGACUGUGGAAGGCUUGUUCAGACAAUUGCUGGAAGAUUUACUUCAAAUGAACAAAUGGAAAUCAAUGCCAGUAAAAUCAAAUCUGUUACUCUAUUCAAAGUAUUGGCUCGGCAUGGCAGGAAGAAUUGCUCAACAUUUAUUAACAAUGGAAUUUUUCGCCAGCUGACUUGGCACUUGUACCGGUAUCCAUUUUCUCUUGAUCAAUGGGUCAAGUCCAGGAGAGAGUCCUGCAUACUUUCAUCUGCUAUGCUGGUCGAACAAUUGCGUUUAUGGAAGGUUUCCGUUAAUUAUGGAUAUAGUAUUUCGGACUUUUCUGACCUAUUUACAUCAUUGUGUGCAUGGUUGAGUGUACCUACCUUUGAGAAGUUAAGCAGCUAUGACGUGGUGAGUGAAUACUGUACCAUCACAAGGGAAGCUUAUCUUCUUCUUGGAGUUAUGGCUGAUAGACUUCCGAACUUCUAUUCAAGCAUGCAAGAACCACCCGCAGAUACUGUUCAAGAUACAGACCCUUGGUCAUGGAGACACUUUGGUCCUAUUAUAGAUUCGGCAGUUGAGUGGAUACAAGUUAAAAAUAUUGCAUACGUAUCGAGGCUCUUCAACUCCCAAAGUAAUGAUGGUGAGAGGAUCUGUUUCCAGGAUUCAAAAGUAAAUUCCUUGCUAUGGAUAAUUUCUUCUGUUUUAAGUAUGCUUGCCAGCGUGCUGAAAGCUGUCAUCCCAGAGGACUUUACGAGCUUACCUGAUGGCCGAUUGCCAUGGUUGCCAGAGUUUGUUCCUAAGAUUGGACUUGCAUUUGUUAAAAAUGGGUAUAUCAGGUCUGGAGGAUCAAGUGAUCCUUCUGAAAAUGGCUCUUUUGUAAAGUAUCUAUGUGAUUUGAGACUUCAAGGAAGUCCUGAAUUUGCAAUAUCUUCUCAAUGUUGUCUCCAAGGGUUCUUCCAAGUAGCAGAUUCUGUUGAUAAGUUGGUUACACAUGCAAAUCUCGAUAUCCAUUCAGCACGAGUUGGAUACAACAAUUUCUCAAGGGACGAUAAGAUUCUUGCUAAUGGUAUACUGAAGUCCUGUUCAACUGAAAUACAGUAUCUGCUGUCAACUUCAAUGGAAGCAAUUACUAGUGACUGGCAAUUCCUGCGGCCUAUUGAGAUGUUCAGUAGAGGCGGCCCUGCUCCAGGAGUUGGUGUUGGCUGGGGUGCCUCUGCUGGAGGGUAUUGGUCCUUAAAUUCUUUGUUGGCUCAGCAAGACGCAAGAUUGCUCGUUUACUUGCUUGAAGCUUUUGGGAUUCCAUCUACUGUGGAUCCAUCAGAAGCCGAAGAGAUGGACUGCACAAUGCAAAAGAUAGAAUGCAUCCUUACUGCUUGUUUAAUUGUGGGCCCAUGGAGUAGCUCAGUCCUUGAUAAGUUACUAAAAAUCAUCUUCCAGGUUCCUGUACUCAAGCAUCUGAGUUAUGGCAUUCAUAAGUUCCUCUCUCUUAGAAAAGGAUACAGUUCUUUCAAGUGGAACUAUGAUGAUGAAGAAUAUGCACUGAUAUCUAAUGUUUUGGCCUCUCACUUUAGAACCAGGUGGCUUGGUGCAAAGAAGAAACGAAAAGCCAUGCCUGAGACCAACCAUCCAAGCCAAAAAUCUACAAAGAAAAAGGUUCGUUUUAUGGAAACUAUUCAUGAGGAUAUGAAUGCGACAAGUGAAGCUGGUGAAGUGAUGUCUUCUUCAUCUUCAUUAAUAUUGGAGUGGGCUCGCCAGAGAUUGCCUCUUCCUGAACAUUGGUUUCUGAGUGCAAUCUCCACCAUUCAGUUAAACAAUAACACAUGUCCGCCCGGUGCUUCUCAUGGUGAAAUCUAUUCAGAGGAGGCCUCAGACAUUCUAGAAGUUGCUAAGAGCGGACUCUUUUUCCUCCUGGCUAUCGAAGCCAUCCCUACUUCUCUUAGCUCUGAGUUCCGCUCACCUGCUAAAUGUGUUCCAGUUGUUUGGAAACUGCACGCGAUGUCUGCAACAUUACUUUCUGGGAUGGGUGUUCUGGAAGACGAGAAAAGCAGGACUGUCUAUGAAACCUUGCAGAAUGUGUAUGGCGAAGUUCUUGAUGAGAAGAGGUCUUCAGACGUGCUCGGUCACACGGGUGUUGAGCGCCUGAAGUUUGCAUCAGACAUCCACGAUAGCUACCCUACAUUCAUCGAAACUCUAGUGGAGCAGUUCUCAGCUGAAUCGUAUGGUGAUGUCAUAUUUGGGAGGCAGGUUGCAAUGUAUUUACAUAAAUCCGUUGAAGAUUCUGCAAGGCUUGCUGCGUGGAAUACCUUGUCUAAUGCACGCGUUCUUGAGCUCCUGCCGCCUCUACAUAAGUGCCUCGCGAAGGCUGAUGGCUACCUUGAACCCAUCGAGGAUAACGAGAGCAUCCUAGAAGCCUACGUGAAAUCGUGGACCUCUGGCGCCCUUGACAAAGCGGCAAACAGGGGCUCAGUAGCAUUCUCUCUGGUUCUGCAUCAUCUUUCAUCCUUCAUAUUUGGCAGUGCUGGUGAUGCUACUCUCUCACUGCGCAAUAAACUCGCGAAAUCUCUGAUGCGCGACUAUUCUCGCAGGCAGCAACACGAGGGGAUGAUGGUGAAAUUGAUAUGCGACAAGAAACCUGAGCCCGAGUCGCAAGCAUCGGCGACAGCAGCUUCGUCUCUACCUAUGUCGGAGAUAGAAAAGAGGUUGCAACUUCUGACAAAAAUUUGUGAUGGAUGUGCGCCUCAAGUGGCAAAGCUUGAAGCCUGUAUCAGAAAAGAGCGUUCAGAAUAAGGUGGCUGUUAGUAUGGAGUUAAUCAUGAUUUUGGAUGUUUGAUGAUCUUGUAAACAAUCUCAACUCGGCCCGGCCCGGGCCUCUUUUUGGGUCUGGCCGUCUGUCAAAUAAUAGGUGUAAUAAAGUUAUAGCGCAA